UUCAUUUGUUUCUGUUCACGGCGGCGGCUGUUGCCGAGGUUGCUAUGUUGGACAGUGAGCGAUAGGCAUCGGAGUAACAACUGAAGUUCCAAUGAAUCGGCGCCGCUGCCAUUAACAUGGAACUCUGUCUACGCCUACAAAAUACCUUUUAGCAGACGCUGUCGAAUCCCUUAACGAUCGCCUUUGUGGGGGAUUCUUCUGGACAGAAACUCGGAGCCCCAAGUGUCUGAAGGGAAAGUUCCCUUUUCGAGUUCUCCGCGAUAGGGGACAUGAAGUAAUUCGUAGCCUGACGUUUUGUUUUGGACGGUGUGUGUUUUAAAGAGGAAGGCUCUACCGGUGGCAGCUUUCAGAGUUGUUGCCGUGCCCCGUCAGGCGUCCGCUGGAGCCGCGCUCCACGGUGGUCCCAUCUGCCCACAAGUUCACCCCGGUGCUGCGCCGUGCAAGCCGCGGUGAUUGUAUAUGGAGCUUGGGUUUUGAAUACGACUCGCUCGCGCGCCACUCCGUGCAGCCGUUGGGCUCCGGCUGCGGUGACUGUCUCGCGCUGCUUGUUGCCCCUGGACUUCGGGAACCGUUGGUCCUCCGCGUGGCUGCUGCGGGCGCCACCUGGGGAAAGCGGCUCGUGGCGGCCGCAAACCGCCCAGACGACUGGGAUUAAUCCAAGAGACCGGGUCACCGCGGCAAGUUUGUCCAUGUGGGUGUGGGGGAAGAGAACAAAAAUGACCGCCAACUUCUAGCACGCGUGGCUUUUCAAAGCCGGAGGGAAAAUGUAACUACUGUCCGUGGUAGACGAUUAUCACGGAACAUUCUUUCAAAUAAAGUCAAAAUGUGUAUUGCACGCUACUGUGGGACCAUAGCGCUGGUCCUCUUCGCCGUCGCAAACGCUCGCAGCCAAGUACUAUCUACAAGCUCAGAAGGAUUGCAGAGUGUCUACACAUCCCCAGCAUAUCUUCCUGUGAAUUACAAGCUCUCAAAUGUACAGCUAGCCUUCUUCCUGAAUAAGGACAUACCAAGCACACAUUGGAACAGCACCAAGUCACUCCAACGCUUGGAACACUUUGUCGUAUUUCAGACGAAAGAACUUCCAGUGGUGAAUGCUACUUUAGGACCUUACUCCAUGGAUCGUAUUCUCCCAAAAGAUAUACUUCAGCCCACAAGUACGCUGGAAGUACUGGACAGAUUCACCAUGAAUUGGAAGGUCAGAGCCUUUAUUAUCCAGCAGAGAGUUCCUUUUAACCAGCCUCUUGUUCAAGUACUAUUUUAUGUGGCAGGUCGAGAUUGGGAUGACUUUGACGUUGUAGAUAAGUUACCAUGUGCUAGACUUCAUAUUUUCCGAGAUGUCAGGGAUAUUGAAAGCUCCUGCAGACUGAGAGGAAUCUUAGCCAUUUGCCUGGUCCAAGUUGAAUUGCCCUUUGCCUGGUUUAGUUCUGGUACCACAACUCUGGGAAGAAAGAAAUCAAUGGAUAAUUUGGAUACAAUCAGUGAAAACCUUCAAGUUGAACUUUAUUACACCUUACAUCCUCCAGAUAGAAAUGGGGAAUGCAAUGCUGGCAGUGAUGCAUCUUAUCGUAAAGGAAAAACAGUCAGGCAAGGUGGAUCUCAUCAGCAGCCUCUGCUACGUAUAGGGAGUAUUAAUUUAUACCAGCCUUCCCAAGCACAGUUAACUCAGGAACACAGAUUUGAUGGAAAUAUUUUCAUUCGUUUGCCAGAAGGACCACUAAAAUCUGGGGAAGUCCUUAGUAUCUCUGUGUUUCUAACACCAAAUUCAACAGUGGAGCAAUUCAUUCUAAGGAUAAAGGCCAAAAAAGGAGUGAACCUGAAAAAUAUGUGGCCCAAAAAUCCUGAAACCUGGCAGUUGAGAUCAGAGAUCAUGAAUGGUGGAAAACAUUCUAUUGCCACAGUGGAGAUGAAUAGAAAGCAAGGAGUUUUAAGCAGCAGUGAAAGUGUUCAGCCCAACGAAAUCAUUCAAUUGAAUUUCGAGAUGGAAAAUUUUACCAGCCAGUCAGUGACAAGACGUAUUCAAUGGCAUGUUGACUACCGAGGGAAAAACCCUCCUCCAGAUUUGGACAAAGUGGUAACAGAGUUGGCAGUGAUCCAAAAAGACAUCCGUGCUAUUGUCCCACUCUCCAUGGAUGCAGAGAUCAUCAAUACUGCAAUACUGACAGGAAGGACUGUCGCCAUUCCUUUAAAGGUCGUUGCUGUGGAAAUGAAUGGAAUCAUCACAGAUGUGUCACCCUCUGUUCAGUGCAGAUCAACUAAUGAAGAUAUUAUUAAGGUCUCCAAAGGUUGUGAUUAUGUGUUUGUGAGUGGCAAGGAAACUCUAGGCUCAAUGAAUGCCCGGAUUAUUUUCAACUAUGAGCACUUGAGUGCCCCACUGGAGUUGACGGUUUGGGUACCAAAACUUCCUCUGCAGAUUGAAUUGUCAGAUGGCAAAUUAAGUCAAGUGAAAGGAUGGAGAGUGCCAAUCCUCCCUGAUAGAAGAUCCACUCGUGACAGUGAAGAUGAAGAUGAGGAAGAGCGAAGCAGAACACGAGGCUGCACUCUGCAGUACCAACAUGCACUAGUGCGUGUGUUCACACAAUUCCAUACAACAUCCUCAGAGGGCACUGAUCAGGUGAUCACCAUGUUAGGACCUGACUGGUCAGUGGAUGUCACUGAUCUGGUCAGCGACUUCAUGAGAGUGGCAGAUACAAGAAUUGCACAGAUUCUGGAGGGCAAUGUGCUGAGUGGACGUGAACCCGGAACAACUAUGUUCAAGGUUGUCUCUCCACUUAUGGAAGUUGUACUGGGGGAAGUGCCACUGAUUGUUGCCGAUGAUAAAGUCACCAUUACUGAUCUCAGAGCAGAACUCGUCUCAGGUCUGUCACUGAGCCUUGAAUCUAAUCCUGGAACUAGUCACACCUUUAUUGCCAAGACAAUGGCUCAACAGCGCCUUCAAACACUGAAACAGGAAGGCAUCCUGAGCACAUGGAUUUUCUACAGUGACAACACAGCUGUUCCAUUGACCCUUUAUGAUCCUAAGGACUACAAUCUGACAGUUACCACACUAAAUGACAAAGUAGUCUCUUCAACCCAGGAUUCUGUUUGGUCUGUGAUAAUAGCAGAAGGCGAAGGGUCAGGUGAAUUUAUCAAGGUGGAAUUGGGGAUCUGUGAACUGUGUAAAAAGACCAAUCGCAAGAGUUUGUUGUUUGUAACACUGGUAAAUGUGAAUGUCCACUUUGGGUCUGAUGAUAACUCAGAAGAAGACCUAGAAAACACUGGUGAGGACUACGCACCUGAUGGAGUUAGAUUUGAAAGUAACCCAUUUGGACAUAAACCAAAAGAGAAAGGGCAAUUUGACUUCAAGCCAGAUACAUCCUCUGCAACUGGUGACCAUGAGGAAAGUGUUCUACGGAAGGUUGGCACAACAGUAAAGUCACCUGUAGAAGAAAGGACUGAUUCAAGAGUGGAACCGGGCAGGGAUAUUGACGGCAUGCAAGAUAGUGGAGUGCACUUUGAUAACACAAGGGUGUCCAGCAUGCCGGUUGAUAUUGAUAUUACAGAUCUGCCAAAGGAUCUUGCAGAUCCUGAUGAUGAAUAUGCUCCCACACCAAGGGGUCUGACUGACUUGGAAAUUGGAAUGUACGCACUAUUAGGGGUCUUCUGUCUUGCCAUUUUGGUUUUUCUAAUAAACUGUAUUGUCUUUGUUCUCAAGUACAGGCAUAAACGUAUUCCCCCAGAAGGGCAAGCAAGCAUGGAUCAUUCACAUCACUGGGUGUUCCUAGGCAAUGGUCAACCCCUUCGUACCCAGGCUGACCUCUCACCCCAGCCUGAAAGUCCUGGAAACCCAUUAGAAAACCUCCAAACUUGCUGCCAUAGUGACCAUCAGAGUAGCGGCAGCUCACAGACAAGUGUACAAAGUCAAGUGCACAGCAGAGCAGAUGGUUCAUCUGGGGGCUCAGUAAGGGAACACAGUGAGGAUCCGCUGCACUCACCCACCUCCAAAAGGAAGAGAGUCAAGUUUACCACCUUCACCACAUUGCCAUCAGAGGAACUUGGACUGGCCUACAAUUGCAUCCCUAUAGCCGAUGAGGAAGACAUUGAGUGGGUGUGCCAAGAUAUGGGCCUCAGAGACCCAGAAGAACUACACAGCUAUAUUCAGAGAAUAAAGGAGAUUGCAUAGAUUGCUGCAGCUUUUCCUUUGGUACAUUUAUAUUUACCAGAAAUUUGUUUCAUGUACAGUUGUUUUUUUGUUUGACCCACAGUAUGAGGCUGCAAAGCACGGAGAACUACGGAACAUAAAAGCACUAUAAAAACGCUUGUGGUCAAUUGGCCACUGACAAGGCUGCAUUAAAUAUAAUGCAUUUGCAGCUGAUCAAAUGUUUUGGAAAGAUUAUACUCUACUGUAAAUGGUGUUAACAAAUUACAGUUUACAGGAUGCAAAGCCUCUUAUGACAAUGUAAGAAAUAACUAGUAUAGCACAGAGGCAUACUGUUCACUGUUAUUCAAAGAGUGUAUGCUGGGAUUUCUUUGUGUAGGUGACAGUAAAACGAGAGUGCAUCAUUAAUGAAAAUGCUUAUUUUCAACUUAGACUCCAAUAGUCUGCAAGCUGCAGAAAAUCACAUGCAAUACACAUUGAUGGAUUGCUAAAAAGUGCAAAAUGAAACUUGAGCUACUAGAUUUGAAAGAACAGGUAUGAUAAACCUGUAUCGAGUAGGUUGACCAAUGAACCAAGCUGAUCGUUUCACUACCAAUUCUGUCUGAAACAGUGUUAUUUAUUGCAUUUUGAAAGUAAUCACAGUUUGAGCCCAUAGUCAGUUCUGUACCUUGAUGACAUCUGUUCCAUUCAAGUUUAGGUUUCAUUUAAAUUGCACUGAUGGAAGCUGUUGAAGCAAGUGCAUUACACGAUCGAAGUGAGUGCUGAUUGGAGCAAAGUUGAUAUAUAAGUGAUUAUUCAAAGUGAUGAAUAGGUUUCUCUGUUUAUGGAAAACAAAUGUUAUAUAGCUCUGUGAACUGUGGCAGCACGUACUUGGCAUCGUUAUAUAUUCAUUUUAAUUUAAUAUACAUACUUACAGUACGAUUUAUUGGAAAUGCAGGAGCAGAAAUGUUCAUAUACACAAGCUUUCUUAAUCAACCACAGUAAGAAUCAGGUGUGUUCAAAUGUAUUGCAAAAAUUCUGAAUUUGCACGAACUGGAACCUGUAAUUUUAUCUAUAGAACAAUAAUAACAAAUGCAGCCUAAAAGUUAGGAGUUCUGGAAGGCUUCUUUGUUUAGUUGGGUAAACAAGGAAUUGGAUCAAUUCACUGUGAGGAACUGUUAGAAAAUAAACCCCAAAUGACAUCAGCCAUUGUAAAUAAUUGAAGGAGAAUUUGGCUCAAGUUGACCGCGCGUGUGUGUGUGUGUGUGUGUGUGUGUGUGUGUGCGCGCACGCGCGUGCACGCUUAUAGUUCUGUGCAGAUCUCCCAGCUUGAAAAAGAACUAAUCUUGGCUACGUGCUGUAGGCCAGUUGAAUUUUCUGACUAAUCCACUAAAUUUUGGGCGAAUUGAGAAUACAUUGAAAGAGAAUAAUCAAGACUUGAUAGAAUAAUGGCAGAAUAAGAUUUCUCCAAGGUGCAUAUGCUAACUCCCCUGAAAUUUGAUGUGAACAACAGUUUGGAUUUCCAGUCGUAAGAGUGAGAUAGUUUUAUCUCAUGCUUAUGAUUUCUUAUAUAUAAAUUUCUGUAUUAAACAUAACUUCUAAUGAAGCUCUUAGUUGACAUGUGCCAUUCUACCCAGUUGGCUGUUGUUUUCAUGUUCUUAAAUGUACCAUAUCUAAUUUGUAAAUCAGUGCUCAUAAUUGUUGAAGUAUACUUGAAUCUUCAGUUAGUAUUAUUUUGACUUGUGAUAGUUUUAUUUACUAUUUCAUAAACUGCACAAAAGUCUACUAGUUAGAAAUUUCUGAAUCGGUGCUUGUUGAUUCACAUUUUUUCUGUUCAGCUCUUGGAACAGAAAUUCCUGCUUGACCACUUAAUGCUCCUCAAAAUAAAUACCAAUUUAAUGCCCAGAUUCAUUUACUCUGUUCAAUUAACAGAGUAAAUAACUGAAUGUGAGUAAAUCUUGAUCCUCACAAAGUCCUGUCAAUUUAUGUAUACCUUAUAAUCAAUAAUUAAUACAUACCUUCUUGUCAGUGACCUUUUUAUCAAACAUGUCUUGAGUCAAAGACAAUGGUCUGGAUUUUACAAUGGGAAUUAGUCCACUUAAACUGUCAGCCAUUUCAGGAGUUCACUCAUCCUCAGUGAGCCUACAUUCCAGCAUAGGAUGUGCUGCAUAGGUUCAUUCAGAUUUGUGUUGGCAUGAUUUAUGGGGGGGAGAAAUAACUUUUGUCUGACAUCAUCCCACUGUAAUACCUUUGAUAAAGUUACACCUUUGUUGAAUGAGGUGUAACUGCAUUUUUAAAGACGUGCUAAAUUCAUCAUUAGUUCGAACACACCUGUAGCCUGAACAGCUGUGGAAAAUCAAAUCUCUAUCAUAAUGACAAAAAAAGUUACAAUUUUAAUUUCCUAUUUUUGUAAAAUCCCUACACUAUGGAAACAGGCCCUUCAGCCCAUUCGGACCCUCCAAAGAGCAUCCAACCCUGACCUACUUCCCUACCCUAUCCCUGUAAAGCUGCAUUACCAUUGGCUAAUCCACCUAAUUUGCAAAUCCCUACACAAUAUGGGCAAUUUAACCUGGCCAAUCCACAUAACCUGCACAUGUUUGGACUGUGGGUGGAAACCAGAGCACCUAGAGGAAACCCACACAGAUACAGGGGGAAUGUGUAAACUCUACACAGACAGUCGCCUGAGGGAGGCAUUGAACUUCAGUCCCUGGUGCUGUGAUGCAGCAGUGCUAACCACUGAGCCAUUGUGCAUGAGAAUAUCUCAAUGUAAUUGGCUUCUUACCUACUUGCUGAUAUAUCUGUUGCUACAUGACAAGACAUCACUUUGAUCUGCGUCAGAUUUAAACUGCUGUCAGGCAAGGCAACCCUACCAAUGUAACCAUUAGGUCUUUGAGGGCAGAUAUCUUUGAGGUAAGUUGCAAGCAUCUCAGCUUCAUCACUGAUUUUUAAAAACGGGGCCAAAAUUUAAUUCAAUUUUUGGACUGUCAUCCCAAUGUAAUAUCAAAAAAACGUAUUGAAGUGUUUUGUAACAAUAAAAUCAUUGUUCUGACAGUUGUUCCUCAGAAAUUGCGAAUAUGACAAAUAGAAUACAAUAACCUAAAAUGCUGCGGAUGUAUUCUCCUGAUUCAGUAUUGUGAUACUGGACCUCUGUGUUCACCUUUCUCCACAUGCCCCCCCAGCUUUCCUCACUUGGUCUUGCCCUCACUCUCUGACUCAUUCUCAAAACAUUACCACCUUGCUACUUCAUUCCCUGCCUUUAAAAGCUUCCAGAAACCCUACCUUUUUUGACUUUUUUCACUGCCUUUGACCAACUUUCAUAAAUCGUCUGCCUCUCUGCUUUGGGAAGCACCUUGGAAGUUUUGCAACAAUAAAUGCAAAUGCCAAGUUAUUAUUGUUUCUGAGAUUGUAAAAUUUCAAAGUUUGUGCAAUGGCAUACGAUAUGUAGUUUGCUUAAUCAUUGUUGAGAAUAUGGGGAAAGAUUUAUAGCAAAAUCAUCAGUGUGUUUAUGAAAGAUUGAUUUCUGAUUUUUUUGCAAAUAGUGCACAAAGAAAAUUUUCACUCUUGGUAACUGAGGUAGCAGGAUUAAAAUUUAGGAUUGUAAGGAAAUAAUAAAAUUAAAGUGGAAAUCUGCAACCAGAAAUUACUAUUGCUGAUAUUAAUUAACAAACAUUUCAUGCUUGCAUAUAUCAACAUAUUAAGAUAGAUUAAUGGCUGAUACAAAUAAUAUUGAACAGUCAUCCUUUAAAGUCAAGUAUAAUUUCAAGGUUCACAUAACAUUCUUCGAUUAUUUUAUUGUGUGGUUGAGGAGAAGGAUGUACCUGAACUUGGAUAUGGCAAGAGAACCAGCGAGGCUGAACUUCACAGAAAUCAGCUUACUGAAAGAGAAAGUUUAUUUCCUCAUGAACCGAUUCCUAAAAUGUGCAGAGAUCAAUACAAUUCCAGGCUAUGGAGAAGAACAUCUUCUGUAUGCCUGACGCAACAUUUUACUUACUGGCUGGUAAAGGCAACAGUUACUGUUGCUACACUUGCUUUAGGGUUGCAGCAGAGGGAAAGAUCAUACAAAGCCCUUGCUCCUAAUUACCGUUCCUUGGCUCUUCAGGAAAAUGUAUAUCGAUUAGGGAGAAAAAGAAAGCUUAGCUGACAUUUCUAUUGAGUUCAUACUUUCCCAGAACAGUAUCACUUUUCUCCCUUCCAUUCAAGGGACAUAUAAUACUUUUUUAGCCUUCACCUGCUACUUGACAAAAUGCCAGAAGGUGUUUGAUAAUAACCUCAUGGAAACUCGCAAUCUAAUUUCCCAUUUUCCCCUGUGGUGAGAAACUGACCUAAGAUAAACAUAACCUGCACAAAUUAAUCGAUUGCUGUCAUAUUCUUUCAUUAAAACAUAAUUACCACUUUAUUUGAUUGAUACAUCAAAUAGGUGAAAUUUACUUAAAAUUUUCAAACAAAUUUACUUAAAAAACCUGAUAAUUUGUAGUUACAUACAAUGUACACAUCUUUAGUCGAGCAUACUGCUGCAUGGCGUCAUCGUAACUCAUUACACACUCUUCUUUAAGAAGUAAUACAGUUGUGGGAUUAAGUUUUCACAAGAUGAUAAGAUAUAGCAAUACACAUGGGCCAUUCAGCCGAUUGAGUCUGCUCCAUUAUUUAUUGAGAUUAUGGCUGAUUUGAUAAUCCUCAACUCAACUGUCCUGUUUUUCUUCCAUAACUCUUAAUUCCCUUACUGAUUAAAAAUCUCUCUGUAUCAGCCCUGAAUAUACUUAAUGACCCAGAAUUUACAACCCUCUGUGGUGAAGAAUAAACAAAUUCAUUACCCUCUAACAGAAGAAACUCCUCCUCAUUUCCAAUUUAAAAAGGCAACAACUUAUUCUGAGAUUAUGCCUUUGAUCCUGGAUUCUGCCGCAAGGAGAAAUAACCUUCACCUUUUGUCAAGUCCUCAAGAACUUUCUGCGUUCCAAUAAAGUUGCUUCUCAUUUUUCUAAUAUCCAAUUAUAGCAGGUCCAAUGUACUCAAACUCUCCUCAUAACACAGUCCUAACAAAUAUCUAUAUUAUGUCAAAACAAACUAUUUUGUUCAUGUUAUAUAUUAGAAUGUGUGUAAAGCAUAAUGCCUCCGGCGAGAACAAAAACUCAAAUUAUGAGUGGCAGAAAUGGUUUGUGUGAUCUGAAGUGUAAGCAUUCCUGGUUCUACAGUUUUGAAAACCACACCAUGUGAAAGAAGCAUGGACUGAACGAAAUGCUCAACCACUAAAUCAUUUAGACACCACAUCGCUAGUUUAAGCAUCAAGAAAAGUAUGAGCAAAGACCAAUAUUUGUAUUGUUAUAUGAAAAGAGUAAAACCAAGCUUCACUUUUAAUCAUUGUAAUUGUGCUUGUGUUGAUGUGUUACACUGGUCAAGUAUGGAGAAAAUUUGUAUAUCCCAUGUAUGAUCCUCACUGUAUUCAAUUACUAAUAUACACCAUUAUAAUUCUGAAAAUAUUUCAUACCUUUUUUCCAGUCAAUCUAUGAUUUGCAGUGUUUCAUUAGCCUGUCUAGACCGCAGCCACUAUAGCUGCUUGUAGCAAUGGAAGUCCAAAACCAUCAUAAUGAUUCUUCCAGGUAACUUACAAAAUUUAAGCUAAAUUGAAACUCUGCAACAAACUUUUAAAACAAAACUCAAAAGUGAAGCAACAUUGUGUUGUUAUCAAAUCUGUGGAUGAGUUAGGAGUCAACUCCUUUUUUAGGUUUUAACAGGAUGUGGAGCUGCGUGAUGCUGUAGGCCCGAAAUGUCAGCUUUCCUGCUUCUAAGGUGACAAUAGACAAUAGGUGCAGGAGUAGGCCAUUCUGCCCUUUGAGCCAGCACCACCAUUCAUUAUGAUCAUGGUUGAUCAUCCACAACCAGUAUCCUGUUCCUGCCUUAUCCUCAUAACCCUUGAUUCCACUAUCUUUAAGAGCUCUAUCUAUCUCUUUCUUGAAAGUAUCCAGAGAGUUGGCUUCCACUGCCUUCUGGGACAGAGCAUUCCAUAUAUCCACCACUCUCUGGGUGAAGAAGUUUCUCCUCAACUCUGCCUUACCCCUUAUUUUUAAACUGUGUCCUCUGGUUCUGGACUCCCCCAUCAACGGAAACUUGCUUCUUGCCUCCAGAAUGUCCAAUCCCUUCAUAAUCUUAUACGUCUCAAUCAGAUCCCCUCUCAUCCUUCUAAACUCAAGUGUAUACAAGCCCAGUCGCUCCAAUCUUUCAACAUAUGAUAGUCCCGCCAUUCCAGGAAUUGACCUUGUGAACCUACGCUGUACUCCCUCAAUAGCCAGAAUGUCCUUCCUCAAAUUUGGAGACCAAAACUGCACACAAAACUUCAGGUGCGGUCUCACCAGGGCCCUGUACAGCUGCAGAAGGACCUCUUUGUUCCUAUACUCAAUUCCUCUUGUUAUGAAGGCCAGCAUGCUAUUAGCUUUCUUCACUGCCUGCUGUACCUGCAUGCUUGCUUUCAUUGACUGAUGUACAAGAACAACCAGAUCUCAUUGUACUUCCCCUUUACCUAACUUGACUCCAUUUAGAUAGUAAUCUGCCUUCCUGUUCUUGCCACCAAAGUGGAUAACCUCACAUUUAUCCACAUUAAACUGCAUCUGCCAUGCAUCCGUCCAUUCACCCAGCCUGUCCAAGAUACUGCUUGACCUACUGUAUUCAUCCAGCUCCACACUUGUUAUCUCAGAUUCUCCAGCAUCUGCACUUCCUAUUACCUCCUUUUUUAGGUGUGCAGGUAAUAUGAAAUUAAGUUUCAGUCUUAUUGUCCUGAAUACAAUCUAACACGAUCAACAUUUUUCUUCUCCUUGUCUUGGUUUUGGUGUUGCUCUUUUCAUAUAGCAAUAGACAUCAUGGUCUUCACUCAUUCAUUUUUUGUUGUUCAGACUAGCAAAGUGGCUUUUAAAUGAUUUCGUGCUUUACCAUUUUACUCGAUCCACUUUUCUUUUAAAUGGUGUAGUUUUCAAAACUCAACAACCAGGAAUCUUACAUUACAGAUCACACAAACCAUUCUGCAACCAGUAAUUUGAGUUCUUGUUCUAGCCUGAGGCAUCAUACUUUAUGCCCAUAAAGUUAAACUUAAAAUCAAGAAACAAUUUUUAACACAAAAACUAAAAAUAUAUCAUUUUCUCCAACAAAACAGUAAAAGGGCUGCAUAUUAAAGGAAAUGGAGCAAACAUUGCCAAAUUGAACAGCAAUGAUCUAAUUGAAUGGAAGAAAAAAUUUGAGGGGCUUAACCCUUUACGUAGAGUAGCACUAAAUUAAAGUUUGUGUUUUUCAUAAAUUUAAUUUAAUGGCUUUUGGAGGUGCUAUUUUUAGCAAUAACAUUAACAAUAUACUUUUAAUUCAGUUUACUUAUCAUGGAUUUUUAGUAAGGAAUCAAAAAUAUUAGUAUCAGAGAGAAUCCCCUGGAAGAAUCUUCCAAAGAUUUGAAGGACAAUGUCAGGAUUACUAUCUGUACUUUGAAAAUAAUUGUAGGGGUGCUGAAAUAAGUAACAUUGAGCUGCUAAUAAUGAAACUGUCUGGUGAAAUUGCAAUCCAACUUCUUUGACAAAUGUACAAAACUAAAACUUACUGAAAGAAUAGGAGGGAAGUGAAAGUUGCAUUUUUCCCCAAAGGAGUUAAAGAGUGCUUAGUUAUCUUCUGCAUAAUCCCUAUUUUGCAACUUUUCACAAUCAAAUUAUAAAGUUGUUCAAUUUCUGUGUAAAGAACAGAUUAGACAUGGAAACCAAAGCCAUGCUAAACCAUUAAUUUACUCAUAGUAUUUGAAAAAUAUUUGAGAAGAUAACAGUGUGUGAUACAUGAAAUAUUCUUGAGUUGUGUUUUACACACUCUGAAGCCUCAUAGGACAUUUACAAAGGUAUCAUCUCAGUUGAAGGUGCACCAACAUUUAGGCUAAGGGUGACCAUAUUGUCAAUGCUAAGCCAAUGCAGCAGAGCAUAGCCCUGCAUCUUGAUCUUUACAAAACUGAUCCUACGAAGACUAUUGCCUUGAAGAUUGAGAACUGCCAAAGUUUGCAGAUGUGAUUGUUGGUAUCUUUGUGGAUAUGGCAAUCAGAUUAUGAUGGCUGCUGGUCACCAUAGCAGACAUUUUCUAAAUCAAAGUAGCACGUUUUGUAAGUGUAUUUCUGAAUCAGACAUUCUCAUAUCUCAUUGGUAUAACUAAGUCUUUUGUCUCAACCUUCUUUGGGAUAAGGAGUCUUCAUAUGUACCAGCCACCUGCCUUCUAUCUUCAAAUUCAGGUGAGUUGGCCCACAGUGCUGUCUGAAUACUCUAACUCCCAUCUGAGGUAUUCCUGUUUUUUAAAAUUAUUUGGAAUAAGAGAAUUCCCUUGGCAAACCAAUUAAUACUGGCAAUGGUGUCAGUGGUAAAAAUAUCAUAGAAUAUUAGCGUAAAGACUCAUAGACUAAGGUGCUGAGUGAAAAAUAAAAAUCCAGCAGGCAUAGAGAUUUCUUUAAGAAAUGUUUUAUUUUUCUGUGUUCUAUCCAUGAUUUGCUAAAUGACCCAAACGAUUGUGGAUAUGUGAAUCAAAUGCUGAACAUACUCAUACAUUAAGAAAUUGUCAGCCAUCGUGGGUAGCCCCCACUACCCCCAUUUUAACUGUAAUAAAACACCUGCCAAUUUUGGAGAGAUGUUCCUAUGGCAUAUACUAGCCCCACCUGAAAUGUUAAUAGCACAACUGAGAGAUAUCAGUCAGGCUAAUUCUCCACUGAAUUUCAUGUGCUGUUAAAUUCUAUCUGCCAAUUUCUAGGCCAUUAAAAUUAACUCCAUAGCAUUUCAGUGAACAAUCUUCUUGGUAAUGUUAUAUACAAAUAUCCAAAAUCUUACUUUACAACACAAGAUGUGUGAUGAAUUAUGUUAUGCCAUAAAUAUCUCACUAUUAUUCUUGAAUAUAUGCAUGUUAUAUUAUUUCCCAUGUUGUCAACUGCUGCCAAAAUUGCAUCAGUUAUUACAAUAGUUAAUCAAGUAGUAUGCAUUGUCACAGAUUAAAAGCAUUUCAGAAGUUCAAUGGGGUAUACUUGUGUUUGCAGAAUAAUAGGUUCAAGUUGAAUGAAGUAGCACCAUGAAUUUUAGGCAGCAUUUUUAGUAAGACUAGUAUCCUCUUUUCACGAUAAAAUUCAAGGUAUUGUGUACGUUAACUAUUUUAUCACAUAAUACGAUUCAAAAUUUAUCCAGUUUACAGUCACAAUCUGAUAUCCUUUUGCUAGUUACCCAACAAGUUUGUUGAGUGCAAUUAUUAAGAUUAUCCAACAUAGUUAGUAUUUUCAACUCCUUCUGUUUAUAUAUUCAUAUUAUUCUAUAUAUAUAUAUUUAAGCAUCUCCAUUAGAUUCCAGUCUAAAGUUCAAUCAUAGGCAUCAUUCAGUAUAUAGUAAAUAAGUCCUGCAGAUGCUAAAAAUCUGAAACAAAAUCAAUAUGUGCUGGUGAAAUUCAGCAGGUCAGGCUGCAUCUGUAAAGAGAACCACCGAGUUAUUAUUUAAUGUCCAGUGAUCCUUUAUCAGCAUUUAGUUUAGUCUUAUAAAUACAGAAUUUCAUUAAUAAGUUGCUUUUGGUGUAAUAAGGCAUUGUAACUGUGCAGACCAUAAUUUCUGUUGUUACUCAAUAACACUGGUAAGUUUGUUGGAAAGAGGUGUAUAAGACAAUGAGGGGCAUGGACAGGGCGAAUUGAAAGCUGCUGUUCCCAUUAGUUGCAAGGUCAUUAACAAGGAGGUGUAAUUUUAAAGUGAAAGUCAGGAGGUUUAGAGGGGAUUUAAGGAAAUUCUUUUUCACCAAAGAGUGCUGGGGGUCUGGCAGGCCCUGCCUUGGAGGAUUGUUGAGGUAGGAAACCUCACAACCGUUAAAAAGUACUUGGAUGAGCAGUUGAAAUGUCAUAACAUUCAAGGCUAUGGGUCUAAUGUGGAAAAGUGGGACUAGUGAAGAUAGUAGUAUACUUUUCGUCAUACUGACUUGAUGGGUCAAAGGGCCUCUUCUGUACUAUGUGAUUACGUGAUUCUAUGAAGAAUCUUUCAAUAUAUAGAGCUGAUCUGCAACCCUGGACUAGAUUCCAGCCUGCACUUCAUAUUUGUGCAACUAUAAUUCAAUAACUAACCCAUCUGAAUCCCUUGCUUAAAUUUCAAACCUGUAGGUCAUUCUCAGGUUGUAUUUUAAACAAACCACUCAGUAGAUACCAGCCUAUAAUCAUUUGCUUGUAUUCAGUAUUGUAUAUGUAACAAAUGUGAAAUUCACCACCAGGAUCCAUUAUGAUUUUAUAUAAACUAUUAGAACUGUUCAAUUAGAUUGCAGCUUGUAAUCACCCUUUGGAUUCAGUAUCCUGCGCUUAAAGGAUCUCAACUGACAAUUAAUGUUCAGUCAGUAAUUAAUCUUGAGAUAUAUUAUUGCCAGAUCUUAAAUGGAUUACAGUAUUCUCAUUGUUCAAUGUCUAAAGCUAAUCUUGUAUAAUGCAAACUUUUUUAUGUUACAAUUUGCUUUUAACACAAAUAUUAGGACCAUUUACAACUUGAAAAAGGUAAUUUCUGGAAACAGCAGUGAAACUACAGGGUUGAGUUUUAACCAUAGUUUCCCCAAUGACUCAUCGGCCACAUACUAAGUGCUUAACCAACAUCCAGUGCGUAUGAGUAUAAUUUAAAACACAAAGACUUGUAAAGAUGCUGUUGUAGAGUAAGAUCUUUGUUAAACCAUUAUGAGUGGAAUCUUUUUAUUUGAAGUUAUAAGACCAUGUUUACAAUAAAGUAGUCCCAGCAUUCCUCAAGAAUUAAGAAAGGGAAAGGAACACUAUCCAAAAAUCUCAUUUUUGUCCAAAGUGUCCAAAAAUGACUUUUUAAUCUGUACAGUCAAAAUCCAAUAUAUGUGCAAAAUAAAUUGUAUGCAUCAUGAUCUUCAAGCAUGCAGUUCAGUCUUAUAUUUUGCUUAGACUUUUAUUAGUUCUUGAAUAAAAGUUUAAUUUUUUUAAUGAAAACAGAACUUUUGUUUAUAUGUAAACAUUAUCAAACCUACAGAGGAUACAUGUCGGAAGAUAUAAAAUUAUUUAUUUAUACAAUAGGCAAAUCUGUAAAUAUUCCUCACAAUAAAAUCCUGUUAAUAGAACCAUUAGGUGUAUCUGUUAUCAGCUUGUUACGUUGUGACUUAUCAAACUGUCUGUGUCUAAUAAACACAA